ACCGCGCACCGUCCCUUCAAACCCUAAUUCCUCCCCUGGAACAGUCGGAUGAGGCUGAACGGCGGUGGCGAAUCCAAAGGACACCCAGGGCCACAGACAGCCCCCGCCUCCCCACCGCGGGCAGAGGGCUGCCGAGGACCACGGGGAAGGGGGUGAGCCGGCCGGACUCUCCGAUAUCCUCACCCGGCGGAGCCCCUGGCCAAGAGGGGAAGGAAGGAUGAGCACCGACGCUCGCUCCAGUUGACGGGUCUGAGGGCACCUGCGCGUCCUCGCACGUACCUGAGGCAUGGCUCUGCUCAUCGCCUGGGCAUGCAUCGCCGUGAGCAUAGAGAAGGCGCUGGGGGGCCAGGGCGACGGGGGGGACCUCUACUCGGAAAACAUCACUCGGAUCCUCGACAAGCUGUUGGACGGCUACGACAACAGGCUCCGACCGGGAUUUGGAGGCGCCGUGACAGAAGUCAAAACGGACAUCUACGUGACCAGCUUUGGGCCGGUGUCCGACGUGGAGAUGGAGUACACAAUGGAUGUCUUCUUUCGGCAGACAUGGACUGAUGAGAGGUUGAAGUUUAGUGGGCCAACUGAAAUUUUGAGAUUGAACAAUUUAAUGGUCAGUAAAAUUUGGACACCAGAUACAUUUUUUAGAAAUGGGAAAAAAUCAAUUGCUCAUAAUAUGACAACUCCUAACAAACUUUUCAGAAUUAUGCAGAAUGGAACUAUUCUUUACACAAUGAGACUAACCAUUAAUGCUGAUUGUCCUAUGCGGUUGGUGAACUUCCCCAUGGAUGGACAUGCUUGUCCAUUGAAGUUUGGAAGCUAUGCUUAUCCAAAAAGUGAAAUAAUUUAUACAUGGAAAAAAGGACCCCUGCAUUCAGUAGAAGUACCACAGGAGUCUUCCAGUCUCCUCCAGUAUGACCUCAUAGGACAAACUGUAUCUAGUGAAACAAUUAAAUCUAACACAGGUGAAUACGUAAUAAUGACAGUUUAUUUCCACUUGCAAAGGAAGAUGGGCUACUUCAUGAUACAGAUAUAUACUCCAUGCAUUAUGACAGUCAUUCUUUCUCAGGUGUCUUUCUGGAUUAACAAGGAGUCUGUUCCAGCCAGAACAGUUUUUGGUGAAUAUUCACUUCAGCUGCUCUAUUUCCAUCUUCAAAGGAAAAUAGGCUACUAUCUCAUUCAGACAUACAUUCCAUGCAUCAUGACUGUAGUCCUGUCUCAAGUUGUGUUUUGGAUCAACAAAGAAUCUGUUCCAGCAAGAACCGUGGCUGGAAUCACUACAGUUCUAACAAUGACCACUUUAAGCAUCAGUGCACGCCAUUCUUUGCCCAAGGUGUCCUAUGCUACCGCCAUGGAUUGGUUCAUAGCUGUGUGCUUUGCCUUUGUCUUCUCUGCACUUAUUGAAUUUGCAGCUGUCAACUACUUUACCAAUCUUCAGACUCAGAGAGCAAUGAGGAAGGCAGCCAGGGCAGCAGCACUGGCAGCAGCACUAUCAGCAGCAACUGUACCGGCAGAGGACGAGAUUGUCUCGCAUUCUGACUCCAACUGUAACCUGAAGAAGCGAGUAAACUCCGUAACAUCUCAGGCAGAUCAGUCUCCUGAAGCCAGCAUAAUAUCAAAUAGUGCAUCUCAGUGUCAAACAGCGUCAGUUCCUCCACCAGCCCCACCACCACCACCACCUAUUGGAGGCACAAGUAAAAUAGACCAGUAUUCUAGGAUCCUCUUUCCAGUGGCAUUUGCAGGAUUCAACCUGGUAUACUGGGUCGUUUAUCUUUCAAAAGACACUAUGGAAUUUUUUGAACCUACUGCAAUGCAUCUUCGAAAUGACCAUCAGUCCAACUGAAGAACAGCUCAAGGUUUCAAAGAAAUCACUGAAGGUCGUGUAGGGUUGAAGUGACUUCAAAGGAUUUGUCUAUCCACAGGUGCUCUCAAUUUUCAAACAGGGAAUAUUUAUAUUGGACAUCACCUGGAAACAAACUCUGGACAAAUCAAAAAGAUAGAAACUGCACAGGGUUCUAACAAUACUUUCUCAAGAUUUCUUACACUUAUUCUACUAUAAAAGUUCUUGUUAAAUUAUUUUGUUCAAUUGUCAAAGAAUGUGCAUUUGUUCUAAUUCUGUUAUAAACAAUUGAAUGUUUACAUUGAUAUAAAACAUCAAUAACAGGAUUGUUUUUUUAAAAUACAAUGAGGAUUGCUAAAAUAAGCCUGAUUCUGAACUGGUAUAACUUGGCAUGGUUUCACUGAAAGGUUAGGAGCUGCACUGAUUUGCAGCACUUGAAAUUGACCCAAAAUAAUGUUAAGAAAUCCUAUGAAAGGGAGCUGCAAUCCCAUCACGUUUUCAUAACCCUUCCAUAGAAAAGAUGAAUGAUGUAUUCUGAUUUUCUUUAAUUUCAUUUUCAUCCCCUUUAAUUUGAGAUAAUAUUUAUAAAGAACAAGAUACAAGAAGAAAGGAAAUAGAAACUAUUGUUUACGUACUUUAGCUGGUUAGUUACGAUAAUGUAAUUUUUUUGGUUGAGAAUGACCAUGAAAGUACAACCGGACUAAUUACAAGCAAUUUCUUGGCAGGAUCUAGAAAUGCAGGACUGAAAUAUCAGGGAGUUUCCAAGGUCUAAAGCUGAAUAGACAGAAAGAUGCAGCUACCCAUCAAGCUAAAUGUAAGCCUCCAGCUCUAGGGAACUUCCUGGAAGCAAGUCUUGAAUACCUAGCUAGGGAACAAGCUGCAUUUUAUCAGCUGAUUCUACUGAACUGCCUGUAGCAUACUCCCUAGAACUUUUUUCCAGAGGCAAAGUACUGCCAGCAUAUUCAGAGUUUAAAGGUAAUAAUAUUUUAUUUGUCACUCUCAACACAGUCGCAGGAUUUCUUUCUCAUGUUUCAUAGUAAUCUAUUAUUUUAUUGUAUAUUCACUCUUCAUCUCCAUAAUCCUUCUUAAGAAUGUAAUUAGGAAAGAUAUGCCUAAUCAAAUCAAACCCAGGCCGGCUUUGUUGCAGGUGUAAUGGACACUGGUGGAAGUCAAAAGCAUACACAGAAGUUCCACAUGCAGCCAAAUAAAAAUUAAGGACUCCUAUCUUGAAAUUAAUUUUAGUACAUUGAAAUUAAAUUAAUUUCAAACAGAAAUCUGAAAUGCUGCAUUGGUUCAGGAAAUUCAGGGUCUUUUGCUUUGUCUAAACAAACAUCUUAGUCACUGUAAGAAAAUAUUUUUGGGCUGAUUGACUCCAGUAGGUUGACAACUGCUUUAUUGGCAGUGUAGCAGUAUUAACUGUCUGAUGACCUAGCUCCAGCUGUUUUCCUCCUUCUAUUUCAAGAGGAGUAUAUAGCUUUUACUAGUGUGAUAGCUGGGCUGAACAUGAGAGAUCACUUUUUGUACUCCCUGAUCUUUAACUCUGAAGAGCUUAGUUAAGUAAAUUUGAGUCAAUAGUAACUACUGUUUGCACAGAGAUGUCAUGUCCGCAAUUUGCUUUUCCUGACUGGCUGCAGGCUGACACACUUGGAUGUAUUUGUAAGUGCACUGAGUUCUUUCUUCAUUUUGCUUUGAAACUAAAAUUGUGACAGUUUUUCCCAUUUUCAGCCUUUAUAUACUAUUUUUUAAAAAAAUUAAACUAUGGACACUGGGCAAGUAUUUUAUAAUUUGUAAAUACAUCUUAUUUUGCAAAAAGCAAAUUGUGCUGUAGGGACCUAGAGGUUAUUUUUCAGUAUAACUAUACUCAUUUGUUCUUCACUGACUAGUUUUCUAUUUUGAGUACAUUAAUAUCUGUAAGAGUUUUCAGAGUACUUUAAAAUUGGUUUAUGCACAAAAUGAAAAUGUUUAAAAGCUAUGGGAAAACAAGUGACACUGAAGAAGUCAAAUUUUGUAUCUGAUCUUUGUUUGAAAGAAAUCUAAGUAUAAUUUUACAGCAGAUGUAGAGAGUUACUAAAUAGUCACUAUUUCCUUAGAGUGUAGUAUUUCAACGUACAAAAUAGUGGAAACUUCCUGAUUAGGAAGCUAUAUCAGCCCCUUAAAAAUGUAUUAGCAGCUCUUGGUAUUUAACAGUAUAUUUCAACAUGCCCACAGACUGCUUAUCUUUUUCAAAGGAGGUUUUCAUGUGGAAAAGAUAGAGAAGGAAUGGUUCUCCACAUCUGUUUCAAUGGUAGGAAGGGAAUAUGUAUUUUUCCUAUUAAAUGCUUUGUAGAGACACAGGUAUAAUCAAUAAUAAUGGUAAUAAUGUCAAGUUAUAUCUUAGAAUAAAUGUAAUUACUUACAAUUAAUGUCAGUUCUUAACAGUCCUGGUUAUGGUCAAACACUAACCAAACAAGCAAUACAGUAAAAAGAGCACAUAAAUAGAAAAUGUUUUUUUAUAUAUAUGUAUAUAUUUGUAUAUGCAUAUAUACAUACAUAUUUCUGUAGAAAAUAUAAAUAAUACAUAUUUGUCUAUUUAAUACAAAUUUAAAGGAAAUUAGGGGAAAUGGGUUUCUUCCAGUAUUUUUGACUGUAUUGCAAUAGGAAGAGCAGGAGGUAAAGUUGCUGUAAGAUGGAAAUUUGUAUGUGCAAAACAGGACACUGCGGGGGAGAAGACGGGCAGUUACCUUGAGCUAUCGCACUCUGGUAAUACAUUAUUCAACAUUGACCUAACUUUCUAUGUAUCCCAGUAGAAAGGAUGCUCUGGUUUUAGCCCGCAAACCCCUCAAAGGGACAGAGUGUAGCUUAAAUUCAUCUUUAGCCUGUUCUGCUUGAUCAGAAGUGCAAGAAAUAGAAGAACUAAGAGCACAGUUACAGAAUUAUGUCAUAGUACAGUAGAAACCUCAGUUACAUAUGAGUCUUUAUUAUUAUUGAUCUGGGUUUUUCUCCCCCUCACCCCAAUUAUUUUUUCAUAAUUUCUAAACCAAAUAAAAAUCCAGCAGUUUUAAGGUAUAGAGACAAUGCAAUGGCACACUAGAUUAGCCCUGAGAUCAUCCACUACUGUGUUCAAAGGAUAGUCCUCACCAGAAGCUAAAGCAAGAGUUGGAUACACCCCAGAAAUGUGAAGAUGAAAGUCCUCAACACUCUUUUGAUAUAGCAUUCUGUCCAGUAUUUUGAUGUUUUGAUGCAUCCUGUCAUGUUACUAACUCAAGGCCUUUCUCUUAUACAUAUGCAAACAAAAUUCAGAGGUGACUUUGUCAUUGCUUAGUUCAUUACAUUCUCAUUUCUCUUCCAGUUCAUGACAAGAAGAGCAUUCCUCAUCUGCCUUCUUUAUAGAAGUCAUUCUUGCAGGAUUUUCCUCUAAUCAGUAAGCAAUCAAAGUCUUUCAACUCUCCGCAUAAAUGCUGUCCGUCACCUGGCUUUAUGGAGAAACCUGUGAAGAAAAAAGUCCUUAUCCACGGGCAGAAUGGGUAGAGACUUGGGGAGUUAAGUAUUCUGUUCUGCAUCACUACUUCAACAAAAUCAUCACUCAGCCAUGGCUGGAGUGGUGCUUGCGUACAAAAAAUAAAGAUCCAUGGUUCAUUUCCAGACAGCAGUUUGAAGCAAGUGAUAGCAAUUGAGUGUCAGCAAAGUAUAUUUGAAGUAGAAGUUAGUGACACAGCACGAAUGAGACUCAGCCAUGCUUUCUGAGAUGCAGAAAAAACAGCAAAAAACCUAUUCUUAAUCCUGUCCAAAACCAAAAUAUAUGCAAUCUUUCAAACACAGAUAAGGAAAAAACCCUAACUUGUUUAUUUAAUGUAGUUAUAUAAAAGACAAGAAGUGAUGGCAAAACUUCAUAAACCACGUAACAUACAUUUUUGCUAAAUCACUUUGCAACACAUUUGAGUUGUUACCAAAGAGAUCAUUAGUUCAUGAAAACAUGAUCUGACCUCAGUUAUGAGUAGACUAUUUUUUACUCCAUAAAUAAGAGUAAUCUCUAAUAGUUUUAAGGUACUAAAUUCUUUACACACCUUGAAGAGCAAGUAAGCCUUCUUUAGGCCAUAUAUAGUUACACAUUCAAGCACUGCUGCAAAGGUUUUUCUCCCCACCUCACACCUGCUUUGUUUAUAAUAGUGUUUUCAUAGAGCAGAUAGAAAUAUUUUGUAAUUUAAAACUAAAUAAAACUAACAAUCUAAAACUCUUUACUGGAAUACUUUUGUCUGCUAUUCCUGUACAUUAAAAAAGCUUCAUUACUAAACCGCCAGCUUUGCUUUGGUUAAAGUUAGGAAAUAUCAACUGUUAGAAGUUGACUUUUCUAAGGACUGUAAACUCAGCGUGCUCCUUUAAACUACAUGGAGACAUGGUGUUCCAAAUAGAGAUGUGGGGAAUAGUUAGAAGAUUUAAAAGUGGGUUCUCGGCAAAGAAGUCACAGGUUCUGUCUGCAUGUGAAACAAAUCAUAGUAAAAGACAAAUACUAAAGCUCAAACUAUGCCCUUUAUUGUCUACUUUCAUCAUCUUCAUGUCUAACAAGUGAUCUGACUCAACUAUUAGUUAAGUCAGUGCAUAACAUUUGCAAUCUCAUUAAGAAAUUAUAUUAAAGAAUUGCUAGUUCCAGAGAUGAGUCUAUGGGAAAGGUUGGAUUGUGAUGGUGAGACAGAUUAGAACUGAUCAGAAAUAGACUAGUUCUUCUAUCCAAAGAUUUGAAUUUCACUGGAUUGAACUUAUUUUAAAAGGCAGAAAUAUCUUUGUAUGAACAAAAAGAUGGGUUUUGGUCAAUAAAUGUAAUCAAUAUGCAUUCUCAAGUUUUAGUAAGCUAUACGUUCCUUAUGGACUAAAACUUGGUGUACUUCUGCCUCCCCCUCCAUACAUGAGUAAAAGCUUCUUUUUCCUUUCUGAUCCAGUCUUCACAUAAAAACCAACAUUAAUUGCUUGGUAUGAGAUGUCUGCUUGCAACUCAAAUCUAUUCAAAAGUAAAAAUAAGUUUUCUUUUUAAGCUUCAUCAGUUUUAAGUUUUACCCAUGUACACUUAUUUUGAAACACUCCUUAGCCUUCUUACUUGUUUUCCUACAGAUUUUUGUGAACUAAAUGAAUCUACUUGGAGAGGGGCCUUUUAGAACUGAGCAGCAAACAACUAUCUGAAUAACUAAAGUUUAUAAGGUGUUACUGAGUGACACCAGAUCAGCUACACAGCCCUGAAGGAAUAGCUGAAUAAGUAUUAAUAAAGAGUAGUUUUAGUGUUAUGAAUACAUACAUGAGAAACCCAGAGUGCAGCCUCUGAAUUACCUACUGAUCUAUUGAAUUGAUUCCUGUACUACAUGCUGCCAAGAGCAGUAUUUCACUUUUGUUAAGUAAUUUAAUUCAAAACAGAAAAAAGGAAAACAUUAUAACAACAGUAAAGCAGGAAAAAAAAAAUUGCAUUAAAUCUCUCAAUGUGAGCAAAAGCUUGUGAGCAGAGUGGUAUGUGAUCGGUGUAUGGUCUCUUCCAUGAAUGAAACAGAUUCCACUAAUGGCAGCCAGGGCUCAAAACAUGGACUGAGGGCAAGAAAUUACCUUAUCUUUGUAUCUGUAAAAUGCAGACCUAGGAUGGAGAAGCAGUACAUUUAACGCUACCUUUGGAUUUUUCUGAAUCUUACUUCAUUUAGUUACAUUUCUAGGUAGGUUUUUUUUUUAAGGAGUAAACUGCUGAAUCACUCACAGGUAGACCUUAGUAACACUGAUCAUGGUCUCUCUAAAAUAGUUCAAAGCAUUUCACAGUGCAGCAACCAUAGAAUUCCUGUUCUCAGAUUACUACUUCCCAGUUUAAGAAAUAAUGAGCACAUCACCUCUAUAGUCUUGGGUUUGAAAUCAUCCAGACAUUUAUACUUCAAGUAUAAUCUGUCUACAGAUUAUACUACAUCUGUAUCCCCCCAAAAAAGCCCUUUCCUGGUAAGAUGGACAGAGCCUUUGCUGACAGAAGUCAGCGUAUGUGUCUGACAGCUGCAGUCAGACUUCAUGCUUUUAAUAGUAACUAAAGUUUUUUUCAGGUAGGUUUUAAAAUCAAUAUGACAAAGCAGUAAGUUUUGCCCUUAGUACUUCAAGGGCUUUAUUCUGAUGUUACUUCCAACACCAUAAAAGUGGAGUAAUUCUACUGAAACAGAUUGAAUAAGACCAAAGUGAAAGGAAAUAACUGAGACUAACUGGUGCCGUAUCUAAGAAACUUUUAAAUACCAGCCUAUGUGAUCGCUCAGUUGUAAUAGUACUAUAUUACCUAAAUUUAAUAUGGACCAACAAAAAAUUACAUAAAUCCAUUUACCCUAGAUUGAGAUGCCUUAAAAAGACUAGCUAAAGAAAAGUAGAGUGUCUACAACUUUCAGUAAUUACAUGAAUUAAGGCAAAUGUAUCCUUAAAUGCUAUACUUAGGAAUACCUAUAAUAGUACUUUUUUUAAAGAAUGAAAACAAAAACCAAACCAUCAUUUAUGUGCCCUAUGAAGGCAACAUGAGGAGAUUAUAACAGCAAAUAAAGGACAAAACCCUCAGGGGUGCAGGAACUUAGAAGCCAGAAAGACCACAGAUGUCUUUAUAAGAAGCUCUAUACACAGUGUACCUAUUUGCACUUCUAUUCUGCAGGCAUACAAAAAUUCUGUAUCAGAAAAUCACUUUCUAUGUUUGAGAUCUAUUCAUUAACAGCUCUUUACAGAGCAGUCACAGGAGUAUUAUUGUGUGCUUGAAAUAAAUUAAAACCACUGGGUAAAUGUGCUCUAUUCAGGACCAAUAAGCAGCAAAGUGAGUUUAAAACUCUAAUUCCAGCCGUACUAGAAGUUAAGAUCCACAUGACUCCAACAUCCUACCUUUAUUUUAAGAUUGGAAAGUAAUUUAUUCACUCACAAGGUAUUGUUUCACUGGGGGCUGAUCAAGGAGUCAUGACUUUUAUUAGUGAGCACCUUAAUUUUCUGAAAUCAUCAGGAAAAUAUUCAGGUCAGUGAUGUGCAAGCUAACACUUUUUCUCUCUACAAGUUCCAUUUAGAGGUGCAGUAAUCUCAAAACAUCUCCCAUGAUACCCUCCCAAGGAAAAAAUAAUUCCUGGAGACACUAAAUUGAAAAAAGUAAUUGGAAACUGUUCUGAUUUUAGUACUAAAAGGAGAAGGCAAAAGUGGAUUUUGUUACAUGUUUCUGCAAGGGACAGUUUGGCCAUUAAGAUUAUUCAAAUAAAUGUAAUUUGUAAUAGUCUCUGAGAAGGCAUGCUGACAAUAACAGACAAACUAAGAUCCACACUCACCAUCUGAACCAUAUUCCUUAUUGGCCACGCUACUCAUAUUGCCUUAAAGGCUGAAGAGGUGGUAAAAGUGGUGGCAUGAUUGAUUACAGAGAAAAUAUGGAUCAAAGAGCAAUUUUUUUUUAUGGUGUUGAAGGACAGUGGGCCUUCUAGUUCCUUCCCAUUACUGGAACAGCAAAAAUUGAGUGAUACUUGGACUUGAGUGCAAUUCGAACACUUGCUGCUGAAUGUACUUUAGCUGGUGUUCAUGAAAGCCAAAGUGUCACAAGAAAAUUAGCAUCAACAAAAUCGGUAAGCAAACAGCAUUCAAGUCAGCACAACUCUGCUUUAUGUUGUUUUCAGGGGAAAAAAAAAUGUUUCAUUCUAGAGACAGUAAAAAAUUUCAUCAGAAAUUGUCAGGGAACAGUUUUCCUCUGUCAGUUCUCAUAUUAUUCUGCAUACAUUUCUAGAUAGUUAAAUAAAAACUCGAUAGAUUAAGUCAAUAUGUGGCCACCAGUAGUAACACCAUUGAUGUGUUAUCCCCACUUCAGCUAUUAUUAAUACAGAUGCUUUCCUUAGAUGGAACACAGGUUCUUCUGUCUAGGAGAAAUUUUGAGUAAGGUUUUUACUUCCAUGAAGUGCAGCUCAGUUUACAUCUGUAUGAAGGGACUGCACAAAGGCUCCAGUAGAAAAAAAAAAGGGGGGGGGGGGCUGUGGAUCAGACUCAUAGCAAAACUGGUUCUUGCACUAGAAAGCUUAAAUGUAGAACUGGCCAGAAAAAUGAUCCUGCCUUCCCUCCCUGUGAGAUUUUGAUCAUCAUAGGUUAAACCAGGGCAUUCAUAUAAGUUAUUUUGUGAUUUUAUUAAAACCAAAACAUUAGUUUUCCAAAUCAUCUUUUUUCUUCAUUUUAAUCCUUCUGGCUAAACUGUUUUAGGUUUGGGUCUAAACUGUAUCCCCAUCCCCACCACAUCUUUCCUAAAGAAGUUAGAUGAUUUUUCCACUGAAAAAAAACCCAAAAGAUUCUCCAGUGGACAAAAAUGUUGUUUGUUGAAGAGACCAAUUUUCCAUUGAAAAACAGUUUCAACAGAAAUUCAUCAGAAUUUAGUUACCUGUAAUGUAUCCCAGAUAGAAGAGUUGGAAAAGUAAAAGUGGUGACAUUCAAGGAAGUUACUUCUUUCCUAAUGAUUGUACAAAGAUCAGUUUGCAGUGGAGUUAGUGAUAAAAUGCAGGACGUGCAUCCGGAAUAGUAUCCCUAGGAUGGCACACCUUUUAUUACGAAGAACUUCAGAGAGUAGGAACUCCUUUACUUUGAGAGGAGAUGCUUUCACUCUCUCUUAUGAGAAUGCAACAGUUGCUGCUGUAAAUCUGAAGAUGAAACAAAGAAAAUUGACAGCACUUUCAACAUUCAAUACAGUCCCCACAUACCAGACUUAGUGCACCAACUGCAAUGCAAAAAUGCACGUGGCACGCUUGGAGGACCAUGGCAGCCAUCCCAGAUACUGCCCGAGAUACAGGUACAAAAUACAUUCAAGAUUGUCAAGAGACUUUCAGAAAGGGCACAAACUGAGUGAAAAAAGUACCAUGAACGUGCCAGCAAUGUAAUCUGGUUGAUCUAAGGAUAACAUGACGCAGUGCCGAUAUUCACACACAACAGUAAGGAAUUAUGACCUAAUUUCAGAGAAUGGUUAUAGCCUGACUUAUACAGCCAAAGGUCUUCUGUUCCAGACACUCCCUGGAAGGGAGUGAAUGCUCCAUUAUUGGUGAUGAGCUGCUGCUAGUUGGGACAAGAGGGGCAUGCAUCUGCGACUCUCUCACAACUGCGAAAGAAAGCAGCCUCGACUAUUUCAGCCAUUAAAUUAUCUUGCUGAGUCUGCCUAAAAGUUUCUUCUUGUCUUAGAAGGUGUCCAGGAACAUCCCAGUCCUGUGAAACUGACUGGUUCACAGAUUCUUUGGUUGCUGGAGAUCACAGUAGUUGGUUAUUUUUUGUUUUUCUGGUUCAUUGAAAUAAAAAUGAUAAAAAGAAUAGCAAACUCCACUUGUAACUCAUUGAGUUCUAUGGGAUACACAUUGCUGUGGCUUUUAUGACAAGACUGUAGCCAUCACCUGCUAUCAUCCACUCAAGCCCAUGGCAGUCAGUCUCAACAUUUCUUUCUCAUUUGUAUAAAGUGGGGUUCCCACAAUCUCAUUUUCAUUAUUUCAAACAGGACUCACUAAUUUUCUUCCAAAAUAUCAGGGCUAUUUUCUUUCAUAGUGCCAAAACCCCAAACUUGCUUUGUACAAUUACUUCCUCUGUUUUUUUCACAUUAAAUGUCUUUCUACACCUGGGUGAGUAACACAAAUUGCUACUUUAUGACAUUUUUGUCAACUGCUGAAUACUAGCAUAUCUCCUGAUGGCUAUUCUAAAGGUAGAAAGAAAGUAUUCCAGAAUAUGAUGCCAUCCACGUAGCUAAGGGCAGGCAAGUGAUCACCAUACGCCUAAAUCCCACGGUCCUUUUUGGGCACACAAUUCAGUCAAACCAUUAUUUUACUAUAAGUGCUAUGGACACAUGUUUUUGCA